CGGACAUAAAAUCAGAGUUUGUUUUGAUUACAGGUUGAGUCAAUUUGUUGUGUUGGAUUGUGUCUCGAAAGUAUGCCUCUUCCUCCUGCUCUCGCUGCUAAAUUAGCAAAAAGGGGAAUUAUAAAAGAACCAGACCCCGAACCAGGAGCACCCACAGAGGAAGAAAUUAUCGCCGAGGAUUACGAUGACACGCCUCAGCAGACCUCCAUCGCCUACACGCCAGUCGAGUCGCUUUCCAUUGAUCCUUACAUGGGUUAUAUAGGGUGCCCAAAUAAAUGGAAUGUAUACCAUGAAUGUACCCCAAUGUGCAGAGAACAUUGGAAAGAAGGGAAGCAGAUCAGUUCAGACUAUGACCGUCGUAGGCUAAAGAUGCUGAUCAAAUAUCCCUUGCCAAGUCACUGGAAGGAGAUUCUGGAUCAGGGCUUAGGCCGCUACUACUACUGGAAUACAGAAACCGAUCGAGUCUCCUGGUUGCCGCCAGGUCAUCCUCGCUGCCAAGUAUCACGAUCUGCAGCAACCCUCCGCAAAGAGAUGGCAGCAGAGAUGAAGAAGAACCGCCAAGGAAUUGCAGAGGAAGAUGUUGACAUGAACCCUAUGGAUGAGGAUGAGGAUAAGGAUAUGGAUGAUGGCAAGAGUGACAGAUCUGAUGCUUCAGAUGAUGAGCUAAGCCAAAGAGAGAAGAGAGACUCAGAGCGGCAGGAUCGAAGGAGAGACAGAGACAGGGACCGAGACCGUGGACGUGAAAGGAGGGGUCGAAAGAGAGCCCAUGCGGAGGAACUGGACCCCAUGGAUCCUGCAUCCUAUGGAGAAUGUGGAAGGGGCACUUGGGCAUCGGGUCUGCCUCAGAGGAAUGAAGCCCGUACAGGUGCGGACGUCACAGCCAGUGGACCUUUAUUCCAGAUGCGACCCUACCCCUCACCUGGAGCUGUUCUUCGAGCCAAUGCACAAGCUGCAUCAAUUGGACCCAAGAAAUCUUAGAGUAGAUUAGGGAUUGUUUUGUGUGCAUGCGUGUGUAUUUUUGCUAAGUGUCAAAUUUUGUAGAGUUUUGUUUCCUCAUUGUUUUUUCACUGGGAGCAGUACUGUAAAGAGUUUCAUUAUCAUAUUUUAUUCCACGUUUGGAGUAAUAAUAAUGUUUAUAAGUAGCAUAUAUGUAAAAGUGCAAAGUAAAAUUUUUCACUUGCCCAUGUAUAAAUCAUGUGAAUUACAGUAUAAUACAAUGUACUACAUAGUAAUCUUCAAUAGUUAAUGAGGAAAUAGCUCAAAAUGUUAUGUACAUAUAUAUUUUCACCUACACAAUUACAUUUACAAAACUUACAACAUUUCCACUAUGAGAAGAUUAAAUAAAUAGAAAGAUAGUACAUGUAUUAGGAGCAUUUAGAAAAUAUAACUGACAGGCUGUUUGACACAUAUAACUUCUUAGGUAUAAUAAUUUCUUGGUGUGUCAUUUCAAUAGGCAAACAAUAAAGUCAUAUUCCAAU